AUGGCGGCUUCAACCACCACCGACGGUCCCGUCUUGAACCUAAUCAACAAACGCCUCCGCGCUCUCCGUAAGAAACUCAACCGAAUCACCUCCAUGGAAGAAUCCGUCUCCCAAGGAAAGCCACUCAACAAGGAACAAGAAGAAGUUCUCCGUUCAAAGCCCUCCGUUCUCGUCCUCAUCGACGAGCUCGAGAAACUCCGUCAACCGCUUUCCGUUGCCCUAACGGAAGAACUCGACCUCGCUCUUCAGAACAACCGCGAAACCCUAACUGAGAAUUCUGUUCCGAAUUCCGUGAAUUCCGCGAACCAGAACGAGGAUGUGGUUGAGGAUAUUCUCAAUUUGCUUUACUUUGGUUCGCUUUUUGAAGUGAAGACGCAGAAUGAUUUUACUUCGACUAUGCUUACAAGGACGCAUGAGCGUGGUUGUUGCUUGACUUAUGAUUAUGUUACUGAUGAUGCGACUGAUCUGCUUGGGGAGAAGGAUUUGGACUCGAUCUCUGCGCUGUUUGGGUUGUUGAUUUCUCGGCCGGCGGAUUCUAGCUUUUCGCAUAAGAAUGCGCUCCGGAGAUGCAUUGAUCAUGCUAAGUUGUGGGUUUCUAGGGCUCAGCAGCCUAUUGACCCCAAUGUUGAUGUUACAUAUGCUGGUUUGAGGGAAAAGUUGGACAAAAUUAUGUCUUCGGAGUACUUUACUACUACUCCUGAGAUGAAGGCUCCAGUUGAUGUUGCUGCUGCCGCAGCUGGAAAUUAUGGGUCUUUUCAGGUACCGGUGCAUGAUUCCGUUGUUUCUGUUGAAGUAGAAGGUUCUGAUUAUCAGCCUGAGGAGAAGGACGAGAGAGCUGCAAAUGUUCAAGGACAAGGAUCUGGAGAUGAUCCAUCUGAUCCCGAAGAGUUCCAGAAGGUUUUUCUCAUGCAGGAUGACGUAGGGGCAGAAAAUGCAGUUGAUGUGGCAUCGGGCCAACACGAUCAGGCCAAUGCUCAGGUGGAUACAGAAUACAAUCAAGCAGAUGGAGAGGGAAAGGAGCAACAGAAUUACCCUAGGAGAGGGGGUUAUCAGAAUCAAAGAGGUGGCCGCGGUGGUGGUGGUGGUAGGAGAGGUUAUCCAAAUGGCCGUGGAGGUCGUGGAGGAGGCAGAGGAGGGUUCCCAAAUGGCCGCAACCAAUUCUAUGACCAGCCUGGGAAUUAUUAUCCCAGAAACUAUUCUAACAACAGAGGACGUGGAGGCAGAGGAGGUGGCUACUACAGCAACAAUGGUGCAGGUGGUCAAGUUAAUCAUGUUGCAGGUGAUGUUGGGGUGCAAUCUUGA